AACAAGUUAUCCUUUAACGUGUCAUCAUUAAUGAUGUCUCCGGAAUGGCUUCAACCAAGGCGUUAUAAGGCUCAUUUAAUGGGUACCACCUAUGCUUACGAUUUUCUCGAAUUAUUUCGCCAAGCUAUUAGAAUACGAUGGAAUCGUGCAUCUCAUCAUAGUUCAAUAAUAAUUUACAAAAAGUGGAGAGAGCUUCGGGAACAAAUUCAUUUGAUCAUUGGAAUACCUAGAGUAUACUUGUCAGCAAAUUCUGGUGCAAGGAUUGGAUUGGCAGAAGAAGUUAUGAAUCAUUUUAACGUUGCAUGGUUUGAUAAAGAAAAUCCAAGCAAAGGUAUAAAAUAUCUUUAUCUUGAUUCGGAGACAUAUAAGCAAUUACAUCAAAAUGGAAGGAAAUACGUUAUCGCGGAAGAAAUUAGGAAGGAGAUACAAAAAUCACCGACAUUAUUGGAUCAAAAGAUGGGUUUUGUGUUGAGGUUUCAGGAUUAUUCGCUGGGAUAUCAUCGCGAGCAUAUGAGGACAUUUCACAAUAAU